UAGUGACACCCUGGGCCUAGCGAUAUCUUGGGCCUAGCGAUACCCUGGACCCGGCAAUACCCUGGAUGCGGCAACACCCUGGACGCGGCAGCCUGGACCCGACAGCGAUCUGGACCCGACAGCGAUCUGGACACGGCAGCACCCUGGACGCGGCAGCAAUCUGGACCCGGCAGCACUCUGGACUCGACAGGAACCUGGACGCGGCAGCACCCUCGAUGCGGCAGCACCCGCGACACGGCAACACCCUCGAUGCGGCAGCACCCGCGACACGGCAACACCCUCGAUGCGGCAGCACCCUCGAUGCGGCAGCACCCGCGGCACGGCAACACCCUCGAUGCGGCAGCACCCGCGACACGGCAACACCCUCGAUGCGGCAGCACCCGCGAUACGGCAACACCCUCGAUGCGGCAGCACCCGCGAUACGGCAGCACCUGCGAUACGGCAGCACCCUCGAUGCGGCAGCACCUGCGAUACGGCAGCACCCUCGAUGCGGCAGCACCCUCGAUGCGGCAGCACCCUCGAUGCGGCAGCACCCUCGAUGCGGCAGCACCCUCGACGAGGCAGCACUCUGGACCCGACAGAAGUCUGGAACCGGCAGCACCCUGGACCCACAGCACCCUGGACCCGUCAGCAACCUGGACCCGGAAGCAGAGGAAAAGAUUUGGCGUCCGCUGGCUGCGGCUGAAGAGCACACAAUGACGCAGUCGCACUGCUUGCGUCAGCAUCACAUAACUAUUUAUGCAGUCUGCUCUUAGAAGAACUCCAAAUGCUUUCUUUCCCAUAACUGGAUCUUUCUGAAGAACUGGUGUCAAAAAAGUCUUUUUGAGUAUAAAACAUAUAUUGUGAAUGAA